GACUGGAUGUUGGGUACGCCAUGAGAUCCACUGCGCAUGCUCAUUGCGCAGUGGCAGCCAUGUUGGAGCUCCAGUGGACUGAGGCUGGGAUCUUCUGACGCCGUAUGUUUUUAUUAUAAAUCUCUUGUUUCCAUACAUUCUAUUGCGGGGUUUCGUUAAACAAAACAGUCCGCGAUCGGGCGCCGUAACCGGCAGAGGACAUGAUGAACUCCAGCGUGGACCUGUCCCGGAGGAACCCGCAGGAGGACUUCGAGCUGAUCCAGCGGAUAGGAAGCGGCACAUACGGAGAUGUGUACAAGGCUCGCAAUGUAAACACAGGAGAGCUGGCUGCUAUCAAAGUCAUCAAACUGGAACCGGGUGAGGACUUUGCUGUCGUCCAGCAGGAGAUUAUAAUGAUGAAGGACUGCAAACACUCCAACAUCGUAGCCUAUUUUGGCAGUUAUCUCCGGAGAGAUAAGUUAUGGAUCAGUAUGGAGUACUGUGGAGGAGGUUCUCUGCAGGAUAUCUAUCACGUAACUGGGCCUUUGUCAGAGUCACAGAUAGCCUACAUGUCACGGGAGACCCUGCAGGGUUUGUACUACCUACACAAUAAAGGCAAAAUGCACAGAGACAUCAAGGGAGCCAACAUCCUCCUGACAGACAACGGCUACGUUAAACUAGCUGACUUUGGUGUAUCGGCUCAGAUCACAGCGACUCUGGCCAAGAGGAAGUCGUUCAUUGGAACUCCGUACUGGAUGGCUCCCGAGGUAGCAGCAGUGGAGAGGAAAGGAGGUUACAACCAGCUGUGUGAUAUCUGGGCUGUGGGUAUUACUGCAAUAGAGCUGGCUGAACUCCAGCCACCCAUGUUUGACCUGCACCCCAUGAGGGCUCUCUUCUUAAUGACCAAGAGUAAUUUCCAGCCUCCUAAGUUGAAAGAUAAAGUCAAGUGGACAAAUAACUUCCACCAUUUUGUCAAACUAGCACUCACCAAGAACCCAAAGAAGAGGCCCACGGCUGAGAAACUGCUGCAGCACCCUUUUGUGUCCCAGCCUCUCAGCCGGACGCUGGCGAUAGAACUGCUGGACAAAUCCAACAACCCCGACCACAGCACCUUCAACGACUUUGAUGAUGACGACCCUGAACCAGAGUUUAAGUACAGGGGUCAUUUCCUACCCAUAAGCCCCGGUGCUCGGCGUGCACCUCGUUUCGCGGCCCGUAGGAAGUCUCCGGUCUCUGUUCCUCACCGUAUUCGCUCCACCAGCAGGAGCGCCAGAGAGGGAAAGACGCUGUCAGAGAUUAACUUUGGCCAGGUGAAGUUUGACCCUCCACUGAGAAAGGAGACAGAACCUCAUCAUGAACCGUGUGAAUCUGAGCCCUAUCUGGACUGUGUUGAGGAGCUCUACUAUACCGCGAGAUCUAAUCUGGACCUGCAGUUGGAGUACGGACACGAUUCACCAAGUCUAAUGGGAGGAAACAAGAGUCUUCUCAAAUCUGUGGAGGAGGAGCUGAAGCAGAGGGGCCAUGUGGCACACUUAGGGGAUGAUGAUGAUGAGGAUGAUGAUGGUGCAGAUGAUGAUGAAACUCACACUCAUAAAUCGAGCACUAUCAUGAGGCCAAAGGUCCCACCUCCUCUUCCUCCCAAGCCCAAGUCGAUCUGCUCGUCCCAACAACCGCAGCAGCCGCACCUGCAGAAACACGACGACAGCCAAUCACACAGCGAGGACGACGGCGGAGGGGGAGGGACCAUCAAACGCUGUCCGGUCCCGCAGACCGCGAGCCCCGCCAAGGCCGCCUCCAACGUCCCCCCGCGGCCCCCCCCCCCGAAGCUGCCGCCCCACCGCCGCAGUAGCCUAGGUAACGAGAGCCCGAAGCACGCGGACGUCGAAACCUCUGCCCCAGAGGAUGAUGGGAGCUUUAGGCAUUUCUGGGAGUGGCUCCACACGCCUCACACAGAGGAAGAGCUGGAGGAGGCGUGGGAGGUGCUGAAGGAGGUGAAAGAUGAGCAGGAAAAAGAGGAGGAAAAGGAAGCGAGUAACGGGCUGAACACAGCUCCACCUGGAGGAGGAGGAGGAGAGAGGGAGAGUCCAGCAGACAGACAGUCCACCAUGCCCCCUAGUGUCCCCAUACGGAAAGACAAGAAGGACGUUCCGAAGCCAAUCAGUAAUGGCCUUCCUCCUACACCUAAAGUCCAUAUGGGUGCGUGUUUCUCCAAGGUGUUCAACGGCUGUCCUCUGAAGAUCCACUGUGCCACCUCCUGGAUCAACCCCGACACCAGAGACCAGUAUUUGAUAUUCGGAGCUGAAGAGGGAAUCUACACAUUAAACCUUAACGAGCUGCAUGAGACCUCGAUGGAACAGCUCUUUCCUCGGCGGUGUACCUGGAUGUAUGUCAUGAACAGUUGUCUUCUUUCCAUAUCUGGAAAAGCCUCUCAGCUGUACUCCCACAGUCUGAGCGGUAUGUUUGAACAGGCCAGACAGUUAGGGAAGUUACCAGUAGCCAUUCCCACACACAAGCUGCCUGAUAAGAUGAUUCCCAGGAAGUUUGCGGUGUCCAAUAAAAUUCCAGACACUAAAGGGUGCCAAAAGUGCUGCGUAGUUCGUAACCCGUACACAGGCCACAAGUACCUGUGUGGAGCCUUUCAGUCCAGUGUCAUGCUGUUGGAGUGGGUGGAGUCCAUGCAGAAGUUUAUGCUCAUCAAGAACAUCGACUUCCCGUUGCCUUGUCCGUUGGAGGUCUUUGAGAUGUUGGUGGUCCCGGAGCAGACCUACCCUCUGAUCUGUGUGGCGGUCAGUAAAGGCACCGAACUCAACCAGGUGGUCCGGUUCGGCACCGUCAACCCCAACUCUACCUCCUCCUGGUUCACAGAAGCAGACACACCGCAGACGUGUGUGAUCCACGUCACUCAGCUAGAGAGAGACACUAUCCUCGUCUGCCUCGACAGGUGUAUAAAGAUCGUGAACCUCCAGGGCAGGUUGAAAUCCAGCAGGAAGUUGUCAGCUGAGCUCACCUUCAACUUCCAGAUCGAAUCCACAGUUUGUCUCCAAGACAGUGUACUGGCCUUCUGGAGACAUGGCAUGCAGGGACGCAGUUUCAAGACCAAUGAGAUCACCCAGGAGAUCUCUGACAGCACACGCAUCUUCAGACUACUGGGAUCGGACAGACGUGUCGACUGUAGAGAUCCAGAUGCUGAUGACAGAGGCCACACUCUGCCCAGGGUUGUGGUGCUGGAGAGCCGGCCUACAGACAACCCUACAGCCCACAGCAACCUCUACAUCCUGGCAGGCCAUGAAAACAGCUACUGAGACACACACACAAACACACACAUAUAUAAACACACUCUCUAAACAGCCACUAAUGCAAACAAGGGAGUGAGCAACCGGGAGACACACUCAGCCCAAUCUUACCGCUAAACCCACCCAACCUCCUGUGUGACUGGGAGAUGAGCCGUUCAUGGGUGCAGAUGUGGACUCCCAGUUGUUAAAAAUGCACCGCAGUGUUACAUGUGUAUUAGUUAAGCGUGUUGUAGUAGGGCAGCGGGUCGUGGAGACGUUUCUGGAGUUUAAAAGGUCGAGCUAGCCGGGGGGGGUGAAUCUGCACCUUAGUCGAGCGACUUCAACCCAGAAUCCUUCCUGACACCAUCCCACCUUUCCCUGCGUACCGCACACACCGCAUCCAGCACAGAAGUCUGACAUCAACACUACUUCUACUACUAGCUCUACACAUACAGUACUACUACUACUACUGCUACUUGCGCUAAAGCUUCACAGAAGAGCCAUCUUGCACAGAAAAAAACCUUUCAUCGUCUCCCUCUUCCUCUUUCCUUUCCUCCCUUAUUUUUUAAACUACACCUUUAUUUAUUGUGGCAUGAUGUAACUUUAACAACCAGGAUGGCUUUCCUGUUUUUAUUUGUUUUCGUUUCUUUUAAAAGGAUAAAAAAAAAGAGACUAAAAAGCUUCGCCACCUCCGCUAUAGCAUCGAACUCCGAUACCCGUCACCACACCACACAAGUGCUUAAUUGACCUCUAUUUAAUUGUUGUAAAUAUAAAUGUAGUAUUUUUUUGACAGAGACGAACACUAAAAAGACUGGUCGUGUAGAUAGGCGUGUGUAUAGUUGCUCUGUACAACUGUGGAGACGAACAGAGAGGCGUGGAGGAGUGACGGGGCGGUAAAUUCACUCCCUGGUUCCCUGAUCAUGUGAUCAGGAAGCAAAGAGCCCUGCAGUCUCCUCAGGUGGACAGCUUCAGCAAGCUGAUAUUACUCUAAUAACCCGGAGCUCGGGCUUGAACUGAGCAAUUACAGGAAGCAGCACCGAUUGGUUUCAUUUUGCAUGCGUCACCAUCAGAACUUCCUGCUCGUCGUUUGCACCAUAGCAACGGAGGGUUACAAAUUCUGUUCAUUUACGUUUGUUUUUUCUCCUGUUUUGACAUCCCUUUCUUUUUUUACGCUGUUUUAAUCAGAAAGCUUUUUUAAUUUUGCUAUUUUUAUUUUUUUUUUAUUUUUAUUGAACCACUGGUGUUAAAAUUUUGCACAGAGAAAAAGGUAUUUGAUAAACAAAUGUGAUGUCAUUAUAAUAUAUGACCUUGUGUGUAUGCACAGUGUGUGUGUGAGAGUGUGUAUGUAGGCUUAGGAUAUGCACAUACAAGUGCAUCAUGUACAGAUCUGGUCUUUAACAAGUGACAGCUGUGUUUCUGCUCGAGGACACUUCAAAAGAGUUUUAAUAAGAUAUUAAUAAACAAUAAUAAAAAGAUGGAUUUACACGGAAGGAAAAAAUAUUUAUAUUUAUUCAGUAGACCUGGUAUAUAUUUACGGAAGCCCUGAGAGGCAAGUGAGAAAAAAAUUAUCCAUUUUCCAAGUCUUGACUUAAGAACAGGUGAAAAAAAGGUGCCAGGUAAGAUCUCUUUUGGUGUGUUUGUUGAUGUAAUACCCAUUUCGGCCACAAGAGGCUGCACCAUUACCCCAUGUUCUAAGUACACGAUGAUGUACAGCGAGCCGGUCAUUGUUGUGAAAUAAACCCCGGCAAACCUCAGGUUUAUUUCACAACAAUGACCCGUUAGCUGUACAUUAUUACACUUAUUACACGGCUACUUACUUAAGAAAUUGACACAAAAACGUUCCACCAUCAGUCUGACAUCAGAACUGUGUCCUUAGCAACGGUCUGUUAUACAUAGCAACGGUCUGCUCUAAAGAAAUGACAGACCGCAGAACGCAGUGAUUGACCAAUCAGAAUCGAGUAUUCAACAAAGCUGUGUUCUAAAUAGGGCUAAAAACAUUCAUGGUGAGUUUUGAUUUCUCCAUGCACUCUAAACACACGGUGCAUAAAUAUUGUGUUCGCAAAUUAUGUAAAUUACAACUCACCUGGAAGAAAACAUGAAUGUUAUAAGUCCUAUUUAUUACACGGCUUUGUUGGAUACUCAAUUCUGAUUGGUCAAUCACAGCGUUCCACGGUCUGUUAUUUCUUUAUAACAGACUGUUGCUAUGUGUAACAGACCGUUGCUAUGGACACAGUUCUGAUGUUUGGCCUCUGGCGAACCAUUUUUGGCGGCACCGCAAUCCCCAUAAUAAAAACAAUGGCACAGCCAGCACAGAGCGAUCACGUGUGGGCGGCUUUAGAAAUAUUAUCCUGGUAAAAACCUUUUUUUUUUUCACCUGUUAGUAAGUCAUCAACACGGGAGAGAAAUUUAGAUCACUUAGUAAAUGGAUCACUUGAUUUUUUUGCCUCUCAGGGCUCUCGUAUAUAUAUAUUAGCUGUCAGCCAUCAUUUCUAACAUUAAAUUGAACUUCUGUGGUUUUCCACAGGGGUGGAGUUUGCACCAUAUACAAGUACAUCAGGCUGUUAAAACUGAUCUCACUAUGAAUAAUCUGAAACAAUUUGAAUAACCAGUAGCAGAAAACCCCCUAUAUGGUACUCCAAAGUAGCUAAAACAAACAAAUUGUUUUAAAUAUUGCCUCCAGGCCACGUUUACUGUACAGACUAAAUAAAGAGCUAAACUCCCAUUCUUAGCUUCUGUUCUACGAGCCUCCAAAACAAAAUGGAUUUUCUCAGAAGCUAAAACGAGAUGCUGGGUAAAUAGGUGUGUACUACUAUGCUAUAAUGAGGUGCUCAAGAUCUGUUAUCUAGUAUGAUACACCUCAGAUUAUUUAGAUUUAUUAUGUGUUAAAGCUUUUGAGCAAUGGAUGGUAGUAGAACAGAAGUGAGGCGGGAAAUUUAACUUCUGUGCAAGUCCAAACGUUUUAUUAAUUUUAGUCCUAUUUGGAGACGUUUUUAAAUUUUCAUCGCUGUGACUUUUUUUAAAGACCUACAUCUGUACAGGAGGUCACUACAUGCAUGUAGAUGUGCAUUGUGUAGGAGAGUCUACAUGUGGCAGUACACUACCAGUCUUUACAAGCUGUGACACUAGAGGUUGCUUCAGAGGACGUGGACACUAGUUUAGCUGAAUUUAACUGAGACACCAUCGCUAAAGCUGAAAUCUUAACAGAGCUGAGGGUUCAUUUGUCCGAGUGGAUCACUUCCCACAAGUCCGUUUUUUAUUCAUUUCAUCAUUUUCUCCAUAGAAACACAGGUAUAAGCUUAUAGGUGAACCAACCAGCUACGAGAUAUACAGUAUAUAUCCAAAAGAAACACAAGAGUAAAUACUUCAAAUACUACAAAGCUGGAAUCUAAUUGACACAACAGGAGAAUACAUUUCAGCGCCGUAUAGAUGUGUCACUAAAUGCUACUAAGGUGGUUUUUAAAGGGUCAUGUCGCACAUGUUGGGAGACAAUUUAAGAAAAGAAUGUAACAGCUUUGUAACUGCUCAGAAAGUGUCACAAUCUUUUUUGUCACCAACAUGCCAGCAUGUCGCUCCUUCAAACGUUCAGCGACAGGAACCGCACCAACGUCCCCAACGACACACUAUUUCACUACGUUUUCAUGGGUUUGAAACGGAUCAUCUCACUGGAUUCUAGCUCCUGAUGCUUUAUUGCACUGUUGUGGUGAAGUAGCUAAAAAUAAGCGUAGUCUAGUUACGUGUAGAGAGCUUGAAUCCACUUUUUUUAUCGCCUGUGCAACACUUUUAUUGUGUAAAAUACCCACAGAAGUGUUGCUUUGCACCUAGAAAACAAAUGUCAGAAAUAUGAAUCAUAUAAGACAUAAAGACACUUAAAUUGCCAUGUUA